AUGGAGAUCAUCGUUGGGCUUGGCUCGCUCCAGUUUGAGGCCGGAGUCUCAGUGCAGCACCAGAGUUUAGUGAAGCUGAAGACCCGGAGACAGGAUCUCAUGACACACACCUGCGCUCAUUCCGUUUUCUUCUGCCAGCUGCUUCUUCGUACCUGCGCUUCUGCCUUAAAUACUGAAAAUGGUUCUGUGUCCCCUCACAGGCAGGCUUUGCAGAUAUCCCGGGGAUUCCAUGUCGGCAUCAUUGGUGGAGGUCAUCUGGGGAAGCAGCUGGUCCGUUGUCUCCUUGACCUGACAGACAUUCAUGCUGAUGACAUCAGUGUAUCCACCCGCCGGCCGGAAACCCUCCGAGAUCUCCAGGAUCGAGGUGUUCAGUGUUUCUAUGACAACGUGAAGCUGGUCAGAGGGGCUCACAUGGUCUUCCUGUGUUGUCUGCCAUCACAACUGUCUGUCGUGUGUGCAGAGAUUCGGGGUCACCUGCCAGAGUGGUGUGUGGUCUACAGCCUGGUGUCUGCCAUGCCGCUGCCCAGGGUGACGGGGCUCCUUGCUCACAGCAAUGUCAUCAGGCCGGAGUACCAAUGUGAUCCCACAGAAGACGGGCCACAGUGUCACCAAUAUGUCAGCCUGACUGAGACACUGAGGGAUGAGUCCCUUGUGAGGACCACAAUUCCUGUGGAGCCCCAGGAUGGAGGUAAGAGAUUCCUUACAAUACCCAGACUCACCAUUGGAGGACUCAGCUUUAUAAUCCUGAAAAAGCAUUAA